AGGAUGAAGACAGCUCCAGUCUAACCUGCUAAACAGUCCCCAUCACCAUCGGAAAGCAACAAAGGUUUUGCUUGGCAUAAGAAUGAACCCCAUCAUUACCGCAAAUGCUGAAUUCUGCCUUGAUGUGUUCAAAGAGCUGAACAGUAACAAUGUUGGUGAAAACAUCUUCUUUUCCUCACUCACUGUGUAUUAUGCUCUAAGCAUGCUCCUUCUGGGAGCCAGAGGAAAGAGUGCUGAGCAAAUGGAAAAGGUGCUCCACUAUGACAACUUUUCAAAAUUCUUAAAGCCAAUGAUGAAAAAUUCUUCUGAGUGCAGCCAAGGUUCAAGGAUGCAUCGUGAGUUCCGAACCCUGCUGUCUCAAAUCAACCAACACAACUCCCUCAGCAUGGCUAACCGGAUCUAUGGGUCGAAGGCGAUAACAUUCCACAAGCAAUAUUUAAGGUGCUCUGAGAAACUGUACCAAGCCAAGCUGCAGAGUGUUGAUUUUGAACUAUCUACAGAAGAAACAAGGAAAACUAUUAAUGCUUGGGUUGAAAAUAAAACUAACGGAAAAGUCAGAAACUUAUUUGGAAAGGGUACAAUUGAUCCAUCCUCUGUCAUGGUCCUGGUGAGUGCCAUAUAUUUCAAGGGACAAUGGCAAAAUAAGUUCCAGAAAAGAGAGACAGUAAAAGCUCCGUUUCACAUAAGUGGGGGUGAAAGCACAGUGGUGGACAUGAUGCAUCAGACUGGAACAUUUAAGAUGGCCUCCAUAAAGGAGCCGCAGAUGCAAGUUCUUGAGCUCCCCUACGCCAACAGCAAACUAAGAAUGGUCAUCCUGCUUCCAGUGGGCGCUGCUGGUGUACAGCAGAUAGAACAACAGCUGAAUGUGAAGAUGCUUAAAGAGUGGACCAGCCCUCCUAACAUGGUGGAGAGAGAAGUGGAAGUUAGCAUCCCCAAAUUCAAUCUUUCAGUAAAAUACGACCUAAACGCCCUGUUGAAAUCCCUAGGUGUGAGGGACAUCUUCAACGUGGCCAGAGCGGAUCUCUCUGGAAUGUCACCAGACAAGGGCCUCUAUUUGUCUAAGGUUGUUCACAAGUCAUACGUGGAUGUCAACGAAGAGGGCACGGAGGCGGCGGCAGUCACUGGGGAGAGUAUUGCUGUGAAGCGGCUCCCCAUGGCAGUUCAGUUCACAGCCAAUCGUCCUUUCCUGUUCUUUAUCUGGGAUGAGCUGGCCAACAUUUUAUUUGCUGGCAAGUUUGCUUCUCCAUAGACGGAGGACAUUGUGGAGGCCUCAGAGGUAGACAAGAAAUAUAGGGGCCAAGAGUGUGCAUCUCAGCCUUUGUUCAUCUGUAAAGCAGGCCUACCAUCACUUCAGACUCAUCCUGUGAACUAGUGAGCCCAAGCUCAGGGCAGUCAUGUAAAAGAUCUGCUUACGCCAGUGCUUUUCUGAAUUUCAUAUCUUUGAGUCCUCAUCUGAGUACUGAGUGAUGUGACUGAGUUAGCAGAGAAGAAGAGCUAGAUGGUUUUGAUUUUUCUAUAUGAAUGAGACUGUGGAUGAUCACUGCAAAAUAGAUCAAGGGGCCCUUGUUUAGCUCAUCUUUAAGUAUAAAUUUCCUGCAUGUCUAAAUGUAGUAGUAUGAAUCAACUCCAGAUUCUACAUUAAUCAUA